UGUGGGGCUGGGGGCACAGCAGGGUACGGACGGGGAUGGGGGUACCAGGGGGGGCUGAGCUACCCCAGGGCAGAGGGGCUGGGAGGGUCCGGGCGUGGGGGGCUGAGGGACCUCUUGAUCCCCCUUUUCAUCCCCUUUUCACCCGUUUUUCAUCCGUUUUUCAUCCGAUUUUCAUCCCCCUGUUGAUUCCCCCCGCCCAAUUCCCACCCCGCGCCCCCAGCCCCGCCCCCUCCAUCGAUCCCGCUCUAGGCCCCGCCCCUCGCUUUGAGCCACCAAUCAGCGCGGGGCUUGAGUUUAAGCUCCGCCCUCCCUGCGCGGGGCGGGGCCACGGCGGCCGCGCACACGUGGGGAGCGACUGCGCUUGCGCAGAGCGGCACCGGGACCGGGACCGGGACCGGGACCGGGAGCGACACCGGGACCGGGAGCGGGCUGUGUCCCGGUGUGCCGGUGCCGGUACCGACGGCGGGGUCCCCGGUGUCCCCGGUGUCCCAGCCCGGGGCCGGCAUGGCGGGCCGGGGCCGCGGCCGGGGCCGGGGGCAGAUGUCGUUCAGCGUGGAAGCCGUGGGCAUCGGGAAGGGGGAGGCGCUGCCGCCGCCCACCCUGCAGCCCUCGCCGCUCUUCCCGCCCCUGGAGCGCCGCGCGGCGCCGCUGCCCGGCGGCGAGGAGGGCGAGUACAUGCUGGCCCUGAAGCAGGAGCUGCGCCGCGCCGUGAGGGGGCUGCCCUACUUCGUCAGACCGGGGGCACCCCGCAGAGACAUCGAGCGCUACUCGGACAAGUACCAGCUCUCCAACCCCGUGGACAGCGCCAUCGACUGGAACCCAGACUGGAGGCGGCUCCCGCGGGAGUUGAAGAUCCGCGUGCGGCGGCAGCGGAAAGGCCGACCCGCUGCCCCCGUCCCCAAGAAGCCGGUGGCACUGGACAAGGAGGAGGCCAUCAAGAAGCUGGAGAGCCUGGAGAAGAAGGAGGAGGAGGUGACAUCAGAGGAGGAAGAGGAGAAGGAGGAGGAGGAAGAAGGAAAGGAGGAGGAGGAAGAGGAGUACGAUGAGGAAGAGCACGAAGAGGAGACCGACUACGUCCUGUCCUACUUCGACAACGGCGAGAGCUUCGGGCCCGACAGCGACGACAACGGCGACGAGGCGGUGUACUGACCCCAAAAGGGGCACCCCAAAAGGGGUACCUGAAAUGGGCACCCCAAAACUGGCACCUGAAAUGGGCACCCCAAAAGGGGCACGCCAAAACUGGCACCCCGAAACGGGCACCCCAAAAUGGGCACCCUGAAACGGGCACCCCGAAACGGGCACCCCAAAAGGGGCACCCCGAAACGGGCACCCUAAAAGGGGCAUCCCAAAAUGGGCACCCCAAAACGGGCACCUCGAAAUGGGCACCCCAAAAUGGGCACUGCCCCAUAGCCAGGGCACCCCAAAAGCAGGGACACCCCGUUAUCCUCUGGGAAUAUUGGGGUCCCUUUGGUGACAUUGGGGACCCUUUGGUGACAUUGGGGUCCCUUUAGGGACAUUGGGGUCCCUUUGGGGACAUUGGGGUCCCUUUGGUGACACUGGGGUCCCUUUGGGGUCCCCGUCCCCCCCCCGGGGUCGGGGUCCCGCCGCCGCCUGCCAUUCCCAUUGUCACCACCAGGUGGCGCCGCUGCUCCAGGCCCGGAGCUGGGGCGCGACCCCUCCCCAAAUUUUGGGGUUUUUUGGGUGGAUUUUGUGUGAAUUUUAAAGGAUUUUUGGUAUUUUUGGCUCAGUUUUUGGGUUUUUUUUUUUUGCGCGGGGGGGGUUGGGUAAGGGGUUUAGAGGGAUUAUAAAUGGGAAAAGGGGUUUUGGGGGGAUGAAAUGUGGUUUUUUGAGGUGGAAAAUGUGUUUCUAGAAAGAAGAAAAUGUGUUAUUUCGGGAGGAAAAGCUUUAUGGGGAGUGGAGAGUGGUUUUUUUUUGGUGGAAAAAGUGGGUUUUUAGGACAUAAAAGUUUUUUGGGGUGAGAAGGGUGUUUUUUGGGGUGGGAAUGUGGAUUUUUGGGGAGCAAAGGUAUAGCUUUGGGGAGGGAAAGGUAACUCCUUGUGGGUCGAGAUCUCUUUUUUGGGGGAAAAAUUUAUUUUUGGGGAGAGAAAAGUAUGUUUCAGGCGGAAGGUGCAUUUUUGAGGGAGAAAACUUUGUUUUAUUGUGGGGUUGUUGUUCUUUAGAAGGGCAAGGUGUAUUUUUUUAAUCAUAUUUUAGGGGUUUUGGUGAAAAACUGGAUUGUUGGGGAGGAAAAGGUAGAUUUUUUUUCCAGGAAUGACUUUUUAGAGUGAGAAAAUGUGGAUUUUUGGUGGGGAGAGCCCCAUUUUGAAGCUGUUUUUGACAGGGGGGGAAUGUUUUCGUGGGGAUAAAGGUUUUGAGGAAAUGCAAUGUGAA